CCACCACCGCUCACUGAGGACUCACCCAGGGGCCCCGUCUGGUUUGUUUUCUUCCUUUUUGACUCCUCACACUCCUGCAGAACAGUGGUUCUCAACCCCCAAGGGACAUUUGGUAAGAUCUGGGGUCCCUGUGGGGCACAGUUUAUGUGCUUACUGCUAACUGAAAGAUUAGUGGUUCAAGUCCACCCAGAGUGCCUUGGAAGAGAGCCCUGCAGAUCUACUUCUGAAAAUCAGCCAUUGAAAACCUUAUGGAACUCAGUUCUUCUCUGACACAUAUGGAGUUGUAUGAAUCAGAGUUGACUCAACAGCAAUGGCUUUUGUUGUUGUUGAGAUAUUUUUGUUGUCACUACUGGCUGGGAGAAGUAGCUACUGUUAUGUAGUAGGUAGAGGCCAAGGAUGCUGCUAAAAUUUCUACAAUGCACCAAACCUGUUGCCACUGAGAGCACAUAACAACAGCUUUCUUUGAAGAGACUCUGAGGCCAUGUCCCAGGGAUCAGGACAGGGAGAUGACAUGGGCUACAGGCAGGGAGUGUAUCACUCAUGGACAAUUCUUUUAUAGGUCUGUGUCUUAGCCAAAGAGACUUGAAAAGAUAUGGUGAGUAUUUCUUCAGGUAGAUGCCUGCCUUGAUCCUUCGCCCUAAAUUCCUCCCUUUUCCUUCCCUUUCCUUAUAUGGGCUUCUGGAGCAAGGUGAGUGGUCAAAUCCAGCCCUGGACUCUGUUUCCCUUCCAGGGCCACUUCCCAAGCCCAAACUCAGUGCCUGGCCCAGCUCGGUGGUCCCUCCUAAGAGCAAUGUGACUCUGAGAUGCUGGACUGCUACCAGGGCAGUACACUUUGCUCUCAAAAAGGGAAAAACUACUCUGGAUUUUCCCUACAGAGUAGGAUUACAGAGUAAUCCUACAGAGAGCCUGGCUGAAUUCCAUCUCACUGAGCUACAAACAGGUGGCAGUGGGGAGUACACCUGUGAAUACUACAGGAUUCUGUCCCCCUACACAGCUUCACAGCCCAGUGAUGUUCUCCUACUUCUGGUUACAGGAGAUUUACCUAAACCUUCCCUCCGAGCCUACCCAACCCGUAAUGUGGCUGAAAGAAAAGAGGUGACUCUGCAGUGCCAGAAGCCAGGUGAUGUUAUAUCAUAUGUAACGUUUGCUCUACUGAAGGAAGGAACCCCAGCGCCCAUACAGUACUGGAGGCCAUCUGGGGACACGGCAGAGUUCUCCCUUAAGAAUGUAGCAGUGAAGGACACUGGGAACUACAGCUGUGUCUACUACCAGACAAGGGGUCCUUUCUGGGCCUCACACCCCAGUGAUAGCCUUGAGAUCUGGGUGACAGAUGGAAUUCAAAGUAAAAAAACCACUCCUCCAGAAACCAGUAAGAAAAUUGAUGAAACUGAAGGAACAAGGUCUCCUCAAACAGCAGGAAUGGAACUAGGGACAAAUGGAAUCAUCCUUAUUGUCGUCUUCUCGUUAUUCUUCCUCCUCCUCCUCCUCCUCUCAGCCUUCUUCAUGUACAAAUACACUCGGCCUGGGACGUCUCCUACCAAGACAACUAAAAGUUUCUGUCUCAGCUCACGCUCUUCCAAGGAACCUGAAGAAGUGGUGACAGAUGCGUCAGUAGCUAUGAAGAGUUGCUCGCCUGUCUUGGCUGAUGUAUCCCAGGACCCAAAUGCUGAAGAACCCCAGGGAGUGACUUACGCUGAGCUAGAUAUCAGAGCCCUAAGACAGGGCCCUUCAGACCUUACAAGGCAGCCUCUUGAGACCUGUGUGUACUCGUCUGUGAAGACAUAAUCAGGAGAAGAUCUAAAGCCCAGGAAGGAAGAACUUCCAGCAAGGCAAUGAGGGAUGGAGCAAAAGCCCCUUGGGGACUAGGCAUAUAGGGGUCCCUUUCCUCAGAUCUCCAGUGAAGACUUGUUUAUUUUCUAAAGAGAGAUCUCAUUUGCAUCGAGUAGAAUGUACAAAUCUUAAGUGCACAGCUCAGUGAUUUUUACAUACAUAUCUCACUAACCUAAAGGUUGGCUGUUCAAAUCCAAUUGUGCUACAGAAGAAUGGCCUGGUGACCAGCUUCUGUAAAGAUUACAGCCAAGAAAACUGAAUGGGGCAAGUCUCCUUUGUAAAACAUGGGGUCUCCAUGAGUUGGAAUCGACUCCAUGGCAACAGGAUUUUUUUUUUUAAUCCCUUAGUAUAGGAAUCCCUGGGUAGUGCAAAUGGUUAAUGGGCUUGGUGCUGCCAUCCGAAAGGCUGGAGAUUUGGGUCCACUCAGAGUUGCCUCAGAAGAAAGGCCUGGUAACCUACUUCCAUAAAAUCCGCCAUUGAAAUCCCAUAGCUCUACUCUGACACAUAGGGGGUCACCAUUAUUUGGAACUGACUUGACAGCAACUGGUUUAUCCCUUAGUGUAACCACCACCAGAUCAAAAGUAUAGAACAUUUCCAAUACUCUACAGGUUCCCUUGUGACCCUCUCUGGCCAAUUGCUAUGUUCCUUGAGAUAAUUAUUUUUCUUGACUUUUAUCACUGUGGGCGAGUUUUGUGUGUUCUUGAACUUCCUAUGAGCAGAAUUAAACAGUAUGAACUCUUU